AUGUCAGCGGCCGAGCAGACAGUAAAGGUUUCUGUAGAUGACCUACAAACUAAUCACCUCUUCGCUUUCAGUCUCACUCUAAGCAGCAUCUUGUCCACGACGCUUGCAGAGCGUACCUUCGCACAGAUUAUCGAUGGCCUACCCACGCGAGACGAUGUCGGAUACUUUCCAACAUAUAGCAAGGAAAUCGGUGACAAUACUUCUUCCUCCCCGGAAGCAAUGGAAGCUGCAAGUGGACUUCGAGAACAUUUUAACACAUACAUCACUCGGGUCCAUGCUAAGUUAGCCCAAGCUUACCAGGGCGCUCUACCGGGGUCUCGAGAAUUUUAUAUGCGGUUGUUGGAGAUGAUAGCUGUUGCUUGCCACGAUAUCGCCGCACUUGUCUACAUCAAUACUCAGCCAGGUCUCCGCCGAGAAGGACAAGGUCUCGAGCAACGGCUUGCAGCGCUUGAAGGACGGUCGACAGAUUUUAUGCAUGAAGAUUACCAUGAUUUGCAACAAUACCCCAAAGGUGUAGCGGAUGUGGUGGGAUAUUGGGCUGAGUAUCACCUAUUCGGUGGCGUGGUGCUGUUCGAUAGGGGAGAAUCUGGCACAGAUUGCAGGCGUGCUUUUCUACAUCCCGUUGGAGGUUUCAGGAUUUUCCAACUUUCCGAGUCCCAAGUCCAGCAAUUCGUUGAAUACGUACAGCAACUUGCUGAGACUGCCCAGGAUAUUCAACCACCAUUUCCGCUCAGCGCAGAGAAGUAUACAUAUCGCGUCGACCCCUUCGAUGCCAUGGCGCUCAACAUUUAUCGGGACAAAUAUGAGCGGAUAAUACCAAGAGAUAGACCAGCAAGAUGUGUACAGCGCCUCGCGGACUUUCCUGAAUUACAGGACGCACUAGUACAGAUCAAUCGUGACGACACUAGCCAGUGA